AUGAAGGCUGCAAUCCUCGUCUGGGCGCUUUUGCUCAGCUUUGACAGGCCCUGCUGGCUGGCGGAGGGACGAGAGAGGCCAAGGAGUUUGCGUUCAAAGCCCUUUGAUCAUGAAGCUUUCACUGCACAUCUCAUCACGAUGUCGCCCGCGGCGGAGCGGCCUUUGUGGCGCCGCUUCUUGGAGCGCCGCUUCGGGUGGCCGCCGGAAGAAAAGCGCCUCCGCGCCACCUUGCAGCCCAAGUCACAGCUGAUGGCUCCCCUGCAACCAUGGCGACGAAAGCUGGGGGCCACGGUCUCUUCCUACUGUUGGAGCCCUGACUGGUCACCAGUGGACUGCUGCUUCUUCUCGCCCAUGGACACCGCAUUGCAGGUGUGCUUCGCCAACAACACAGUUGCAAAUGAUUGCAGGAGAUGCAAUCCUCGCUGCUCUCCUGUGAAGCUGACCUUGCCUCAAGACAUGGGAGUGAUCUACGGCUCCAACGAGCAAAGCUUGGAGAUUCAAGAACUCAUGCCCCCAGCGGGUGGCUUUUUCCCUGGUCGCUUCGGAGUUGAAAUCACCCAACCCUUGAGCGACCUGAGCCCCUCCUACCGUGUUAGCUCUGGCAGCCUCAUCUAUAGGGCAGUGGCGGCUACGGCAGGGCUCCUGAACGAUGCCGGAAAUCAGCGGCCCUUUCAAGGAGAGGUGGGCAACGUCCUUUACGCCAAGCUGCUCUUGGGGGCGACCUUGUUCUCGGCGCGCCAGGAAUUUGCCGCUGGUUUGGAGAUCCAGGCGCCCAGCGGCUACCGCUGCAGCGCCAGCAACCUGAGAAGUGAUGAGACUCUACCCGCCUCGCUCAGAGGACAUGGCAGUUUGCAGGAUGGCUGGAGCGCCACUGGCAGCAGCUGCUUCUACGCGCUCCGCGAAGGCCAAGCGAUCUUCGCGAUGUCGACCUUCAUGGUGCGACUGGAAGUGGACAAUCCCAUGGAGCCGCUCCUGGAGGAUGCAGUUGCAAACACCUGGUUUCUUUCUCUCCGCUCCAUGGGCUCUGGUACUUCAUUUCGUGAAGCGAACUUAUCUGCCUUUGCCACAGCACAGUCCUUGGGGAACUACAGCGCCUCCAAAGCAGUGUUGGGAAGGCUUACGGACGCCAGCAUGCAGCCUUUAUCCUACCAACCGACACUCUCAUUCAGGCCCUUCGAGAGCAACUUCUCCGAGAUUCAAGUCUUCUUUCGGGCUGCGCAGCCCGUUCGUGCUGGAGGCUCGCUACAGCUCCAGGCACCUGGUUUCGACUUCGGGGAUCCAUGUCAAUCACAGGACUUGCCCAGCCACUACUACUCUGCAGACACGCUCCGUCUACCACAGACCUGCGAAACCUCCAAGACGCCCUGGGUGGCCUUCAUCGAGUUGAGGAAACGUAUCUUUGCACAGCGGAUCUAUGGCUUUCAGAUCUCUGUUCGAGCCCCUCCGAUGGGGUCUCUGCUCUCGGCCGAGCCUUGGCAGCUCUUUACGCGGAAUCAGGCUGGAAGCCUCGUGGAUGGAGUCUCUGACUUACGGAUUGGGAGAAUGGAGCCCUACAAACUCUACCACAGGUCCUUGGCCUUUCUGCAGAUCUCCUUUUCGAGCUUGAAGCCCUUUGCACUGUCGGGCCAGGAAUCCACUCUGCAUCUUCUCGUCCAGCUCGGGGGGAAUCCCAUUGACUUGUGUUUUGAGGCUCACACUGCCGGUGGGUUUUAG